AAAACAAAAGAUGAGAGGUGGAGGAGGAUCGGGAAGAAACGAAAAGAAGGGAAAGGAGUAGAAGGGGGGAAAGAAACUUCUCCUUCUUCCUCCUUCACUCACGGGAUCCCUUUGAAACUAUUUUCAUCAUAAUUUCCUCAUACGAUAACGAAAUCACAUGAGGUCGGAAGCUAUAGUUUCGUAGCGAGGCCGUCUUCAAUGCUACCAUACCCGCCCUUUGAAAACCAUUGUAUAAAGAAAACGAGGUCCAAACAUAUUGACGUGUUCCGGCGACUUUUCGCUGAUUUGGGCAAUCCCGCUGGAAUCUGGCUCGACCCAAGUGAAAAUAAUGAUUCUCCCCUCGUGGGGUCUCCUCUAGCGCAAUUGGGUUAAAUUGCCCUUGACCAAAAAAAUGAUGGUCCGUUGGUGCCAAAUUGGGCAGGCAAUUGGUGGGCUCCAAGAAGCUCGUUGAACUUCCUUUGUAGCCCGUUGGCAAUAAGUAACGACGGGCCUGACGUCAAGUAACAGAAGGCUGACCUUAACCCCAUGCACCAAAGUGAACCAAAAUGCUCCAAUUUGGGCGCCCCACAGCUGUUGGAUUUGCAACAGUUUGUUGAUCCGGACCAUUACAUUUCAAACGAUAAAAGAAAUUUAAAAGAUGAUGCUGUGCCACGUGGCAUUUUGUGGCGUAUUUGAUAUUAAAAUUUUGAAAAAUUCAACGGUCAGGAUUAAUCCCAUGGUAAAAAAUCCAAAAAAAAUUUACAACAAAAAAUAUCUAAAAAACUUACAAAGUUCACACUUAAACAAAAAUCUGAGCUGAUAUUACUAAUAAAUAAUGACACGUGAUGUGAUGAAAGUGGUUGAAAAUAGAAAAGUAUCCUCUCCGGCUCCCUUUCACUUAAUUCACCAAGUUCAAAGAUCCGGGUCGUUGAAAUUUGAUCCAACGACUACAACCAGGAUCCACUAUAAAAACUAUAAUAGAUUGGAUCAAAUUUCAAGGGCCGGAUCCGAACUUGUGAAUUUUGUGGAAGGGAUCCGGAGUCCUUUCCGUUGAAAAUCUCAUCGCCUCUCCUUUCAGCUCUUCAAGGAAAACCCACUUCUUGGGCCGUUUUCAACCACAUAAAGCUUCACUCUUUUGUUAGUUUCUAUGUUUAAAAUUGUUGGGGUUUGCAGUUUUGGAUUGAAAUUUGUGUUUUGGGAUUUGUUGGGUGCUCGCAUGUGGAAAUUUGGAAAAUUUUGGUUGUGGAUUGUGGGGAACUGACGCAGUGGCGGUCCCAUUUCAUAAUGGGAUCAAUCAAGGGUGAGACUUUUUAGGUUAGAAAAGGUGGGUUCUCUAGAUGCGCAGAGAGUGGUUCAUCAACACCAAGGAUGGCGGCUGAUCUCAUGUAUGUGGUUACAUGCUGGAGUUUUCCAUGUGCUUGCCAAUAUGCUGAGUCUUGUAUUCAUUGGAAUUCGGCUUGAGCAAGAAUUUGGAUUUGUUUGAAUUGGUUUCCUAUAUCUCAUGUCUGGUUUUGGUGGGAGUUUGCUUUCAGCUCUUUUUAUUCAAUAUGGUAUUUCUGUUGGUGCUGCUGGUGCACUUUUUGGUUUACUAGGAAGCAUGCUUUCAGAGCUCACAUCAAAUUGGACAAUGUAUGUAAAUAAGGUAAAUAAAAUUCUGUAUACUCAAUGAUGCACCUCUUUAUAGUAUGUGCACGACCCUUUGAUCUUACAGUUUCAGAUUUCGAUCUGCAGUUAGCAGCAUUGCUUACUCUCCUUUUCAUCAUCAUAAUAACUUAGCAGUGGGAAUUCUACCACAUGUGGACAACUUUGCUCAUAUUGGAGGAUUUGUCUCCGGAUUUCUUCUUGGAUUUUUGUUUUUGAUCCACCCCCAGUUUAAAUGGCUUACCCAACAGAAUGCUCCCCCUGGACGUGUUACUACUCCAGUUGAAUCUAAAUGCAAGACGUAUCAAUAUGUAUUGUGGGUCCUCUGUUUGAUACUAUUGAUUGUUGGGUAUACUCUUGGCUUGGUAACUCUUUUUCGAGGGGUCAAUCUAAACAACCACUGUUCCUAGUGUCAUUACUUGAGCUGUGUCCCUACAUCAAAAUGGAAUUUCGAGCCAGAUAGGGAAUCAGCUAAACUUAACGUGCGUAAGCAAUGGUAGAAAUGGAACAUAUUCAUUGUCGGAUCCCAGCCCCUCGUGGACUCAGCAGCUAUAUGCUGAGCUUUGCAGUUGAGCAUGCAUGUCAAAAUUUCAUGUUCGAUUGCUGUUGGAGCUCCCUGCAAUCAGGACUCGGAGGGAAUGCGACGGAUAGGCUGGCGCUGCUUGCCAUCAAAGCUCAAAUAAAGCAAGAUCUCCAUAAUUACAACGUGAUGAGCUCCUGGAACGAUUCCACGCACUUUUGCAUGUGGCAUGGUGUGACGUGCAGUCGGCGACAUCGCCAAAGGGUCACUAACCUGGACCUGCAAUCUCAAAAUCUGGUAGGCAAACUAUCCCCAAACAUUGGAAAUCUCAGUUUUCUAAGGGAGCUGUCGCUGCAAAACAACAGCUUCAGUCAUGAAAUUCCUCCACAAAUUGGGAAUUUGCGUAGGUUGCAGGUAUUACGAUUAGACGUUAACUCGUUUAGUGGCAGUAUUCCACACAAUAUAUCAUAUUGCUUCAACCUUAUCCAUGUGAAUUUCUCUCUCAACAAGUUGGUGGGUAAAAUUCCUUCAGAAAUUGGAUUGCUGUUGAAACUGCAAAAAUUUUCAUUACAGUUUAAUAAUGUAACGGGACAGGUCCCUCCUUCCUUAGGGAACCUUUCGUCUCUCCAUGGAUUAAGUCUUACUAGUAAUAACUUGAUGGGAAACAUCCCUAGUUCUCUUGGCCAAUUGAAAAAAUUAACCUUCUUGGGAUUGGGGUUAAAUCAGUUGUCUGGUAGCAUCCCUUCCUCCAUUUAUAACCUCUCUUCUCUUGUUACAUUUUACAUAGGAGGUAACCAAAUUCAAGGGAGUAUUCCAUCAGAUAUUGGCAAAAAUCUUCCUAAUCUCGGAGUCUUCAACGCCCCCUCAAACCAACUUACUGGGUCCAUUCCUCCCUCAAUAUCCAAUGUCACAAGUGUGUGGAAAUUUGUAGUUGGGAAUAACAACCUAAUCGGACAGGUGCCGAAUCUCCAAAAGCUUCACAACCUCCGGCAGUUCAACAUUGAAUUUAAUAAUAUUGGAAGCGGUAAAGAUGAUGACUUAAGUUUUCUCUCGGACUUGACCAAUGCCACCCAGUUACAAACGCUGAUUAUUAGCAACAACAAUUUUGGAGGGACAUUGCCCAUGUCAAUAUCCAAUCUCUCAACCAAACUCGAACGGUUUUGGGCUCACUCUAACCAAAUAUAUGGAAGCAUCCCAUGUGGGAUAGGGAACCUGGUGAGCUUGGAAUCGUUGGGUUUGGGGAAUAAUAGCUUCACAGGUAACAUCCCCUCUGACAUGGGUAAGCUUUCAAACCUUGGAAUAUUAUAUAUUUCUAAUAACAAAUUAUCAGGAAAUAUUCCGUCUUCCCUAAUAAAUUUAACCAAGUUAUUCCAUCUUGGGUUGGAUAUAAAUCAUCUUGAGGGCAGCAUUCCUUCAAGCCUAGGGGAAUGCCAUGGGUUGCAAUCGUUAAAUCUUUCUUAUAACCUUCUUAAUGGCACAAUACCCAAACAAGUUUUUAGACUCCCCUCCUUAUCGAUUUAUUUGGACUUGUCUAAUAACCUCUUCACAGGUUCCCUUCCCUCGGAGGUUGGGAAUUUUUUCAGUCUAAGUGAACUGGACGUUUCUGAUAACAUGUUAUCUGGAGAACUCCCCAGUAGCCUUGGUGGUUGUGAGAGUUUAGAAGUCCUGCAUUUGCAAGGAAACUUCUUCAACGGGUCCAUUCCUUUGUCUAUGAGUUCAGUGAGAGGGAUUCAAGAUCUAGACCUUUCUCGCAAUAAUUUAUCAGGUGAAAUUCCAAAAUUUUUAGAAGGCUUUAGAAUCUUGAACAAUCUGAACUUAUCAUUCAAUCAAUUUUGGGGAGUGGUACCAACUGGAGGUGUUUUCAAAAAUGCGAGUGCUAUCUCAGUUGUUGGCAACACUAAUCUGUGCAGCCCUGUUGCUAAUUUAAAGCUUCCCAAGUGCAAGUCUAAAGAGACCAAGAAACGAAGAUUGUCUCAUAGCUUGAAACAAAUACUCCCUUUAGUAUUUGGACUUACUCUUCUAGGAAUAGCCAUGGUGUUCUCCUAUUUCUUUCUUUGUUUGUCGAGGAAAAAAAGGAAAGAAAUUUCAUUGAGCACUUUGGGGAACACUAUUUUGCAAGUGUCAUAUGCUACUCUACUCAAAGCUACUGACGGGUUCUCAGAGGCUAAUUUAAUUGGUGCUGGUAGUUUUGGGUCUGUGUACAAGGGAGUUCUUGAUGAUGAUGAUAAAGCUCAACUUGUUGCCGUGAAGGUGUUUAACUUGUUACGCCUUGGAGCUUCGAGGAGUUUCAUAGCCGAAUGUGAAGCUUUGAGAAAUAUGAGGCAUCGAAAUCUCGUCAAGAUUAUAACUGUGUGUUCAAGUGUUGAUUUUCAUGGUAAUGAUUUCAAGGCUCUAGUUUAUGAGUUCAUGGACAACGGGAGCUUAGAGGAGUGGCUGCAUCCACCUACUAGAUCUGAAGAGUUAAGAGAUCAUGUACCCAAGAAUUUAAGUCUUCUUCAGAGGCUAGAAAUUGCCAUUGGUGUUUCUUGUGCACUGGAUUAUCUUCAUAAUCAUUGUGAAACGCCAAUAGUUCAUUGUGAUCUCAAGCCAAGCAACGUUCUCUUGGACAACGAAUUGACUGGCCAUGUUUCUGACUUUGGAUUAGCAAGGUUUCUCUCACAAGUAACGAGUAAUGUUUCAACAAUUCAAAGUCAGACAAGUUCCGUUGGAAUAAGAGGAACGGUUGGUUAUGCAGCUCCUGAGUAUGGCAUGGGGGGUGAGGUGUCAACGAAUGGUGAUGUCUACAGCUUUGGCAUUCUCUUGUUGGAGAUGUUUACAGGGAAGAGACCCACUAACAACAUGUUUGGUGAUAGCUUGAACCUUCAUAAUUUUGUCAAGAUGGCUCUCCCCGGGCGAGUUACUGAGAUUGCAGACGCACCACUUCUUCAAGGAGGCACGAACGAGAAUCCCAAUCAAUGCAGUGCGAGAAUUCAUAAAGUUGAGGUGUGCUUGAGUUCAAUAUUUAGAAUCGGAAUUGCUUGUUCUGCUGAAUCCGCAACAGAUCGACUAAAGAAUAUCAAUGAUGCUGCAUCUGAACUUCAUUCCAUUAGGAAUACUUUUCUUGGAUAGAAACUCUUUUUUAUGUUUGUGAUAGAGAAAUUUCGUGUACUGUCUGUGAAGUCUAGCUUUUAUGUUACCACAAUAGAUGUGGAAGUUUGCAAUGUAAAUAAUCACCAAUGAGGUUCAUUGUGUGAAGAUUGUAUUACUACUUCUUGUACUUGGUAUUUUUGUGUAAUAUUCUCAUCGAUUAAAAUCUA